AAAAAAAGAAAGAGCUGAGUGAAACGGCUGUGAAAUUUUUCGCAAUUUCUGUAAAUAACAAAUGCUAAAGAUUGUGCAGAAAGUUCCUAUUGACAUUAAAUUAAAGAUUAUGUCGUGUAAAUCUAAAAGUUUAUGUUAGACUUGUGUAAAUAAACAAUUGGUGGCAAUCAUGUUCUCGGGCAAGGAUGCCGCAAAUCCUUUAUAUCCCACGCAGUGGGCUCUAAAUCCUAAUGCUUAUCAGAAUGUAGACUCUAGCCAAGUGGACUGGGCUGCUUUGGCGCAACAAUGGAUCGCUAUGAAAGAGGCUGCUGCGAUUGUCGCCGUAUCGGCAACGCAGCAGUCCGCUUCCAAGGCUGACGCGGAAGAGGGCGAAGCCCCCAUGGAGGUGGAAAAUCCUGAGAACACAGACGGCCCAGUGCCUUCAGGAGCGGAAUGGAACUCUAACACAAACUCUUGGGGCAGCGGAUGGAAUCAGUGGGGAUGGGGGUGGUCCGGAGACAAUAAGAUGGCAGGAGGUGCUGCGAUGGGCAUGGGCCCUAUGAUAGAUGGUUAUGCCGUGGAUGCCAAUAAUGCAGCGGCUAUGCCUGGCUAUACAACAGGUACGGUUCCUGCACCAACGUUUCAGCACGGCUACUGGACGGCACCCCAAGCGGAGAGUACCACCAGUCGUAGCAGUAGUCGCAGCAGAGAUCGUCGUUCAAAGAGUAGAAAUAGAGAUCAUAAAUCUAGUAGAAGUUCGAGAUCGACUAGAGAAAAUAAGGCGCCUGUAAUACCGCCCGUUAUUGAGCCGAUUGUCGCACCGACUGCGAUGCCAUCAGCAGCAACCAUCGACGCGGCAAAGCGACGUCAAUUACCUGCAUGGAUUAGGGAAGGUCUGGAAAAAAUGGAGCGCGAGAAACAACGGGCUAUAGAACGUGAGCAAGAGCUGAAGGCGCGGGAGGAAGCGGAGAAGGAGAAAAAGAAGUUAGAAGAGGAAGAGAUGGCGCGCAUGAAGGCCGAGGCGGGCGGCGAGCCCGUGCCGCCUCCCAAGAGCAAAUUCGAGUCGGAGUCGGAAGGCGAGGAGUCGGAGAAGGAAGAGGCGGCGCCGGAGCCCGCCGCGCCCGCGCCGCCGCCGCCGCCGCCGCCGCUCGUGCGCCGGACGAAGGAGGAGAUCAUGCAAGAAGUGAUGUUAGCGGUCCGCCGCUCGUUGACCGAGAUCCUCCUAGAGGUGACCGAUCAGGAGAUCCAAAUGGUGAGCCAGGAAGAGUUGGCCCGAUAUACCGCCGCACAAGCGUCGCGACUCAACGCUAUGAAGGCGAGCAAGUCGAAGGCACUCGCCGCUAUCGCCACCGGGCUCGGGCUGGGCGCAUACGAGAGCAGCAGCGACGACAGCGGCGACGAAGACCAGCCCGACGUGUCUGACCAGCAGCUGCAGGAUAUAAUCAAGCGCAAGCGGCAGGAGUUCGAGCGGACGUCGCGCGAGAUAGAAGCGGAGGUGCGCCGCGCGGAGCUGAAGGAAGGCGGCGGAGACUCCACACCUCGGGCAACCACGCCGGAGCGGCCCAGGCAGCCAAAUUCAGCAACACCCCCUCCACCGGAUAGCGAGACGCCAGAGAAACUGCCGGAACGUCGUCCGUCCAGAGACAAGAAGAGCAACCACAAGUCUAGCGACCGCGUAGACGGCGUCAGAAAACUAGAAGUCAUCCCCGAGGAGAAACCAAAGAAAUCCAGCAAAAAGGAACACACUCCUAGUCCACAGAAGAGUAACAAAACAAACAAAGGAAGUUCAACUUCAAGCGACUCGGAACAAGACUCAUCCUCCGGCACAGAUGGUACCUCCUCGGAGAGUGAAAUUGAACAAAAAGUCGAAUCGAAACAAGCAAAAAAACGCAAACGACGAAGCUCAAGUUCUAGUGAAUCCCAAAAGAAAUCAAAGAAACUAAAAAAGGAGAAGUCUCGUAAAUCAGAAGACAAAUACUCAAAAUCGAAAUACGACAGUUACGAGAAAUCGGAAAAAUCAAGAUCGAGGAAAAAGGAUGAUUCCGACAGGCAUAAGUCAUCCAGGAGUAAAGAUUACGACAAGUCAGUCAAAGACAAAUAUAGGGAUGACUCGGACGAUGAUCGUCCGAGGAAGCGUUCAAAGCGUUCGCGGUCGACGAGUUACGAGUCUCGGUCGGGACGCCGGCGCGCGUCGCGGGACUCGUCGCGCUCGCGCCGGCGGGACAGGCGCUCUUACGAUAGGGACAGCUCCAAGCGCGACCGCUCCCACGAGAGGUCGGGCCGCGACUACGACAAGUAUGAUAGGUAUGAGCGGUCUAGGGAGCACGACCGGAGGCGCUCUCGCAGCGGCAGCCACGCGCGCCACCGCCGGUGAACACCAGGUUACAAAUGCAAAAGGUUGUAUUUUAAUUCAUUUCUAAUUUGCCCCCAAAAUUUUGUCCAAUCGUUGUCAGUUCCGAACGAAUUUCUGUGUCAGUAUGGUUGGAUCAUGAAUGAUUUAGAAUAGUUUGCGUACCAGUGGCGGAUUUACCAGCAGGCUGAGUAGGCUGAAGCCUAGGGCAGCAAAUUUUAAGGGACGGCAGAUUUAGUUCAUAAUGUUGACGUACUUUUUAAAACUGUCAAAACGACUCUCCCAUAGAUUUUUUAUGGCAAUACUGCUUGUAUAGUGACGUCACUAUUUUGUCAACUCGAACUACUUUUUUCAAUUAUAAUGCAAACUAAAAUCUUAAUUUACAGGUAAUUUAAAUACGAAUAUUUCAAUGUUCGCCAGGCCAGGCAAAUAAGAUCCAACAAUCAUUCAUGGUUCAGCCAUCAUGAUACGAAUUUCUUAUGAACUUGAGCUGUAGAUAUUGUUGAAGUAGUGUUAUUUUUUACUCUAAACCCAAUCAAGGGUUAUUAGCUGUGAUAUUUCACAUGGUUAGUGAGUUAGGGAAAUAAUAAAUGGCCUAUAGUUUAUUUGCGGGUUCUGUAUUCUCUGUUAAAAUAUUGAGUAAAAAAUUUUCAAUGUUACUGACAGUGAUUCUUAUAUUUACAUCGAAAAUGUAUCAUAUCAACCUGAACUUUACCCACAUAGAUAUUCAAUGUUAUUUUCAAUGGGAUGAAAUUUUACUUUUUUGUUAGUUAUUUAUAAACUGAGAGUUUACAUAAAUUCUUUAUCUUUCUUAUCUUGAAUUGUACUUAUCGAUAUUGUAUAUAGCCAAGGUUUUAUUAUCAAGAGGAUGACCUCAUGCGUAAGUCAAAGUCUGUGAUAUAUUGUUUUAUUUUUUCUCUUGCAGGUUGGGGCAUUCGCUUCAGGUGUACAUAUUCUAUCGUUUGUGUAUAGUAUUUUAGUGUGCUUCAGCAUUCAUGAAUUAUUCCAAUAAUAAUACUAAUAAGA